CCCAAGAGGCGCCCCAGACGGCCAACGGGGCCCCAAGAGGGCCCCGAGAGAGACAGUCGCCGUUUUGGCUCAAGCAUUUUACUGUUCAACAGACUCAUACAUUACUGUAAUACGUACAGCCUCCGGGCUCCAUAUUGUCACCACACGUCUGCUUCAUCAUGGUGAAGCGCCUCAACACAAUGCUGGUGGCCUCGGCGAUCUCUCACGUCGCUGGACUGUCGACCGCGAUCGUGGCCAACACAACCGAUGCCAUCGCAUCUGCACCGCCGGCACGCUCUGUUGACACGACGGGGACGUGGGCAUGCACCUCGAUCUCUGCCAGCAGCUUCGUCUAUCAGUACAAUUCCUACCGGUCGGGCAACACGAUGGUAGUGACAAAUACUGCGAACAGCGCUGUUGGGCGGGUCUACUACACGACUGCGGUGUCGGGGGGAUUCAGGGUCUCGUUCGAUAUGCUUCAGGGCGGCGGAUCGGGUGCUGAUGGAAUGUGUAUGAAGUACGGCGGCUAUGAUCACGGCGAAUAUGGCGAAGAUAUAUCUGCGUAUGGCCUGUCUGUUUGUUUUGAUUCCUACUCAAAUGGGGACGAUCAUGGUGUAGUGAUUGGUUGGUAUGGAUCGUUUAUAUUUUCACAGAUUGGUUCGGGCCAUUGGAGUACCACUGUACCCCUCUUCGAGGAUAAUCGUUGGCACAACGUCGUGGUGGAGGUCACGCCCAGCGGCAGCGGUGCGAAUGUGAUCUUGAACUUCGACAGUGGCUACUAUUAUAAAACUGCCUGGAUCAACAGUUACUCAACACCGAUUGGUAGUGGUCAGCUGAGCUUCACUGCCAGAACGGGUGGUGCUACGAACAACCAUUAUGCUGCGAAUGUCCAGAUGUGCAGCGUGGCGACUCCCAGUCCGACGCCGUACCCGACGCCCAGUCCGACGCCGUACCCGACGCCGUAUCCGACGCCGUAUCCGACGCCGUACCCGACGCCGUAUCCGACGCCGUACCCGACGCCGAAACCGACGCCGAACCCGACGCCGUACCCGACGCCGUACCCGACGCCAUAUCCGACGCCGAACCCGACGCCAUAUCCGACUCCCUUCCCGACGCCGUAUCCGACUCCCUUCCCGACGCCGUUCCCGACGGCCUUCCCGACGCCCUACCCGACGGCCUUCCCGACGCCCUACCCCACGGCCUUCCCGACGCCAUACCCGACGGCCUUCCCGACGCCCUACCCGACGGCCUUCCCGACGCCCUACCCGACGGCCUUCCCGACGCCAUACCCGACGGCCUUCCCGACGCCCUUCCCGACGCCUAGCCCGACGCAGUCCCCGACGUACCCUCCAGGCUGGCCGACGCCGAACCCGACUUUUCCUCCUGCAGCUCCCGCGGCGGCUGGAGCUGGAGGAGCCGUGGCUGCCACUGGGGAUCCCCACUUGCAGAAUGUUCAUGGUGAGCGGUUCGAUCUGAUGAAGGCGGGCAAUCAUGUUCUCGUAAACAUCCCGCGUGGAGAGCCCGCUGCAACUGCGCUGCUUCGCGUGGAGGCUGAUGCACGCCGAUUGGGUGGAUCAUGCACGGAUCUGUAUUUCCAAGAAGUGAAUAUCACAGGGGUGUGGGCGGAUGCGAAACAGACCGGCGGUCUCCGUUUCCAAGCUGAGGGAGCGGACAACGUGGUUCCGCUUUGGGCUAAAUUCGGGAAGGUCGAGAUGAAGGUCGCAUAUGGCCGUACAAUUCAGGGCAUCAAGUAUUUGAAUUUCUAUGUCAAGCAUCUUGGGCGCGUUGGCUUCGCCGUCGGAGGAUUGCUGGGAGAAGAUGAUCACAAGGAGGCUGCGACGGCUCCUGAAGCGUGUGUUCGCCACGUUUCCCUAAUCCAGUAUGCUCCUCUGGAUGCCGCACCAUUCUUGUCGACUGCAGAGGCCAGCCUCGAAUGAUGAGAUGUGCACAGCACAAGUCCGCCACAAAAAGUAAACAUAGACACCCUCCACUGGAUUAUUCCUGGGCCUCAGGGGAGGGCGGCGGUGUAUAAAUUGCCACUGGGAGCCAGCGACUUUGUACACCGACGCCCUUCUGGAGGUACAUGCAAGACAAUUUGUCGGAGGGUGCCUGUGUAGAUCUUUUCGUGGCGUAGCAAAGCCUCCCGAAUUCAGACUUUUGGUAGAUGCCAUGAGCUGUCCUUCCCUGCCGCUGUGGGACGACAGACC